AUGUCAGCUGUUGCUUCAUCAUCUGUUACUACCUUGUCUUCUACAGACACUUCAUCUAUUCCUUGCGCACCUGGUAUAACUGAUGGUUCUGAAAAAGGGUUUUUUGAUAACGUUGAAAAAUAUGUUGCUUCAUUACAAGAAAAGUAUCGAGAGAAAACAUUCAUAAGAAAAGAAACAUAUGAUAAAAUACUCAAAAGUUUACUAUUAGACAAAGGUACAUCUUCGGAAUCAGUUCCCACAAAGUUUGUAUUUUGGGCUAGGAAAAACUUUAUAAUUCAGAAAAUUGCUGGAACUGAUAUUGUUUGUUGUUCGAAAAAUAAAAAACCGCUGUGUAUUUACGAAUCAUUUUUUAAUGUAAUCAAAGAAUGUCAUUUAAAUGUAUCACAUGGUGGUAGAACUAAAACCCUAAACGAAAUUAAUUCGCAUUAUUCAUGGGUACCUAGAGCUGUUGUAGAAAUAUUCUUAAGGCAUUGUCUCCCGUGUCAACUUCGAAAACCAUUAAAACAACCAGUUGUUUCGAAACCUAUCAUAUCAUUAGGUGUUAUGACACGUCUACAAAUUGAUUUAACAGAUAUGAGAACAAGACCUGAUGUUGUUUCUGCAGACGUUGUUUACUGUUGGAUAUUACAUUGUAUUGAUCAUUUUUCAAAAUUCACUUGGGCUUAUCCAUUAGAAACCAAAUCAGCCAAAGAAGUGGUUGUAAAACUUCAUAAUGAAUCAGAAUUCGUUGCUAAGGUUAUUUUAGAACUAAAAACAGUUUUUCCCAAUUUGUGCUUUAUUCGUAGUCGUCCACGUCAUAUACAAUCGCAAGGAUGCAUAGAAAGGGCGAAUGGCGUCUUAAAUUUAUCGUUAGGAAAGUGGUUACAAACAAAUAACAUAACACACUGGUCAGAAGGUUUAUUGCCUGUAGUUUACGGCAUCAAUACAAGAACAUCUGACACUACUAAAGCUACACCCUACGAAAUCAUGUUUGGUCAACACCCUCGAGGUGAUUCCGAAUUUUGGAAAAUUGUAAAAGAUCAAGAUAUUGUUGAUGAAGAACAUUUACCUUCACCGAUUGAAAGUAUUCAAGAUAGUGAUGUUGAUGAAGAUAUUUCUGUUAGUACAUCUAAGACAAUUGAUAAUAUAAUUGAUAAUAUUGAUCAUCAAGAAUCUCUUCAUAAUUCAAAUGUAACAUGUUUACCCAGUCCUCUAAAUGCUAGCAUCUUUCAAUCUACUUCUCAAUGCCUUCUUAAUUUAUUACCAUCUACUCUGCAUGUUUCACUUCAACAACCGUUGAUUGUUAAUGAUAACCCAGUAACAGAAAAUCUAAUAUCUUUUGAUUCGUCUCCAUCUCCUCAACGAGUAUCAACAACACUUUUUGACUUACAUAAUUUAACUUUCAGCCCAGUCACAUGUUUAAGUAACGAAAAUAACGUAGUACUUUCAGAUUUACAGUCAAUAUCUACAGCACCUGCUACGAAUUCUAUUUCAAAAACUAAUUGUGUUUCUCAAUCAUCCUCAUCUUUUAUAAGCUAUAAUUCAUCAGAAAAUAACCCAAUAAGACAUGAAAGUAUUCGGCGCAAAGCGCAAGAUAAUUAUUUAGAACCAGCUAAUAAACGAAGAAAAGCGUAUGAUGAACAUCUAGGUAGUUUGGCAGAAAUGUAUAAAAAAAAUGAUUGUGUUGGAGUGCGAAUUCAUACUGUUGACAGGACAAAUACAGAUUCAAAAAUUUUACCAUGCUUAGUUGUUAGUAAAGAAAAGAAAGAUGACGAUUAUGUUUUUUUUUAG